AUGACUAAAGGCAGGCUGCGAUGCAACGUGGGAGAUGCGGCUCAUACGGGCCAGGUGCUGAAGAAGUGCUUCACCAGGAUGAUGAACUGUGAGAAGAAGGUGUUCGUAGAUCAGCUCAACAUGCUGGUCAAGAGAGUCACUGAAGAAGGUGCAGCAGGAAAGGACACAUCAAGCAGCAACGGAGACCUGCUGCUCCGUCUCCACUCCCAGUACCCUGGAGACAUCGGCUGCUUUUCCAUCUACUUCCUCAACCAAAUAGUCCUGGAUCCAGGCCAAGCCAUGUUCCUGGGAGCCAACGAGCCUCACGCUUACCUUUAUGGAGACUGUAUUGAGUGUAUGGCCUGCUCAGACAACACAGUGAGAGCCGGUCUGACACCGAAAUACAUUGAUGUCAACACGCUGUGUGAGAUGCUGAACUACAACCCUGCUCCGGCCAGCUCCAAAAUCUUCCCGUGUGUUCAGGAUGCCUCAGAUCCCUGUGUGUUCCUGUACGACCCCCCAGUGCCAGACUUCACUGUCAUGAGGAUACAGGUCCCAGCCUCGGUGAAGCAGUACACUGUUGCAUCAGUUGACAGCGCCAGCAUCCUCCUGGUCAUCGAAGGCGACGCCACGGCGACCUCUGCAGCUGCCCUCUCUGAUGUCACGCUGAGGCGGGGCACCGUCUUGUUCGUCUCAGCCAAUGAGAGCGUCUCCCUGCACAUCACCUCCCAGGCGGGGAUGAAUAUGUUCCGGGCCUGCUGCCUCCUGUAGCUGUGAGUCUGAGGCUGUGUGUGAAAGCUCAAACUACCUGUGUGUGUUUUCCUCUGGUUUGACUCAGAAAGGACGACACUGCGUUAAGGAUCAAGCCCAAUUAUCGUAGUGCACUUUUAAAGUAGGCAGUAGAGCUUUCAGACACAGUGUGCCGAUGCCCGUCUGUGCCCGCUGCUCCCCCCCAACCCAAACUCGACCUGCCGACUACUCCAGCAGUGAUUUUUAGCUUUAAAAUCCAGCAGUAAUCCACUGCUGAUGGAUUUUAAUUUGUUGUAUUUUCUACCUGGAGCGAUGCAAUCACAUCCUCUAAAAAAAGCAGAGGAUGCGCACAUCCCAAAUUCAUAAUAGGUGCUGGAAAGAGGACACAUAGUUAGAAUAAAAAGUAUAAUAUGUCCAUAACACUGAACAGGACCCAAAAUAAAACAAGUGCACAUGACACUGUUGAGAUCACUUGAU